GCUCUGUUUGUCUUCUUUCCGUUUAAGGGGGCGAGGAGGGCGACUCUUUUUCCCUCCAUAAGCACAGUCAGGAGGAAAUCUCAGAGAAGGCAAUCUUCACUUCUCCUCGCCGUGCCGGCCUCUGCGGCGGCUAGAGAACUUCGCGAAAGAGCAUUUUAGGAAUACUUUGUAGCCUGUUUUUGCUAUCAGUGUGGAUAUCUAUACAAGGAUAAUGCUUUUAUGAGUUUUCUGAGCUUCAUGUCAUUUUAUGUGACCAAAAACAUGCAACGAAGGCGUGACAGCAGAAAAGAAAUCAUAAUAUUGUGAGAAGAGAAGUAAUUUUAAGAACAUGGAGAAAGAAGCAGCUAUUGAGGAAGCAGGUGCAUGUGCAUCACUGCCCUCGCCACCUCCAAAACUACCAGCCACUGUGAAACCUGAAAUGGAAUCUCCAAAGCGUUCUAUUGUCACUAGGCAUGGGGUUGGUAGAAGUGGGCAUCCUAUAUCUUUGCAAAGCAAUCACUUCAAUGUUUCAGUUAGUUCCCCUGAUGUAGUGUUUUACCACUAUAAUGUUACUAUUUUGUCAGAAGAUGAUAAAGCUGUAGAAGGAAAAGGAAUUGGGAGAAAACUGGUUGAUACGCUUUAUGAAACUUUUACCUCAGAUUUUUCUGGGAAACGGUUUGCAUAUGAUGGAGAGAGGAGCCUUUAUACUGUCGGUCCUUUGCCACAAAUUAAACAAGAAUAUCCUUUGGUACUUGAGGAGUCAUUUGCAAAGUGUGAAAGAGGAAGUCCUGAUGGUGGAAGCCCUGGUGCAAAUGCUAAGAGGUCAAAGCAUUCUUUCCGAUCAAAGAGUUACAAGGUUGGAAUAAGCUAUGCUGCAACAAUAUCCUUCAAGCCUGUAGCUCUUGCACUAAAAGGAAUUGAGGCAGAUAACAGCACUCAAGAUUCAUUAAGAGUGCUUGAUAUAAUAUUACGGCAGCAAGCUGCUAACAGGGGGUGUCUUUUGGUCAGGCAAUCCUUCUUUCAUGAUGAUUCAAGGAACUUUGUUGAUGUUGGGGGCGGUGUAUCAGCUGUUCGAGGUUUUCACUCUAGCUUCCGUGCCAUACAGAGGGGCUUGUCUCUCAAUUUGGAUGUAUCUACAACAAUGAUUCUAACACCUGGACCAGUGAUUAAUUUUCUGAUUACAAAUCAGAAUGUACAGGAACCUCGUCAGAUAGAUUGGAUGAAGGCGAAAAGAAUGUUGAAGAAUAUGAGGAUUAAGACAAUGCACCGUAAUACAGAAUAUAAAAUCACAGGUCUGAGUGAGAAGCCCUGCAACCAGCAAUACUUUCCUCUGAAAGUGAAAAAUGGUGAUGAUGAGAAUGGGAAUGCUGUUGAGAUCACUGUGUAUGAGUAUUUUACUAAACAUUGUGGCAUAGAACUUAAGUACUCUGCAUACCUGCCAUGCCUUGAUGUUGGCAAACCCAAACGACCCAACUAUUUACCACUGGAGCUCUGCAGCCUUGUUUCAUUGCAGCGCUAUACCAAAGCACUAUCUUCAAAUCAAAGAGCAACACUGGUGGAAAAGUCAAGGCAAAAGCCUCCUGAAAGAAUGCGUAUCCUAGCUGAUGCUUUGAGAAGCCAUGGCUAUAAUGAGGAUCCAGUGCUUGCUGCAUGUGGAAUUUCCAUUGAAAAGCAGCUGACACAAUUUGAGGGCCGUAUCCUUGAGACCCCUAAGUUGAAGGUUGGUAGAAAUGAGGACUGCAUACCUCGUAAUGGACGGUGGAACUUUAACAACAAGAUGUUCCUAAAUCCUACAAAAAUUGAAACUUGGGGUGUCGUCAACUUUUCUGCUCGCUGUGAUAUGAGUUUUAUUUCACGUGAGCUUAUCAACUGUGGAAGAAACAAGGGCAUCCAUAUUGAACGCCCCCAAACGCUAGUUGAGGAGGAUCAACAAUUUAGGAGAGCCACUCCUGUUGCAAGGGUGGAAAGGAUGUUUGAGCAGCUUAAGUCUAAGUUUAAAGAAGGCCCUCCUCAAUUCAUUUUGUGUGUUUUGCCAGAGAGGAAAAACUCUGAUAUUUAUGGACCAUGGAAGAGGUUGAGUCUUGUUAAUUUCGGGGUUGUCACUCAAUGCAUAUCUCCUUUUAAAAUCAAUGAUCAGUACCUCACCAAUGUGCUCCUUAAAAUCAAUGCUAAGCUUGGAGGAAUAAAUUCUUUGUUGGCAAUUGAGCGGCCCUCAAACAUCCCCUUGUUGAAAGAUACUCCUACAUUGAUUUUGGGAAUGGAUGUUUCUCAUGGCUCUCCUGGUCGAGCAGAUAUCCCUUCAAUAGCUGCGGUUGUAGGCUCUCGAUGUUGGCCACUAAUUUCAAUUUAUAGAGCUUCUGUGAGAACACAAUCACCAAGGGCAGAGAUGAUUGAGUCUUUGUAUAAGCCGUUAGCUAAUGGUCAUGAUGAUGGUAUUAUCAGAGAACUGCUUAUGGACUUUUAUGCAACAAGCAACCAUUGCAAACCAAAACAGAUCAUUCUGUUCAGGGAUGGAGUAAGUGAAUCUCAAUUUAACCAAGUUCUGAACAUUGAGGUGGAGCAAAUCAUAAAGGCAUAUCAGAACCUUGGUGAGGUUUAUCUGCCUAAGUUCACUGUAAUUGUCACUCAAAAGAAUCACCACACUAGGCUAUUUCUAGCGAAUCAAGCCAAAGACCCUGUAAAUGUUCCUCCAGGCACAGUUGUUGACACAAAAAUUGUGCACCCAAGAAACUAUGAUUUCUACAUGUGUGCUCAUGCAGGGAUGAUUGGGACUUCUAGGCCCGCACAUUACCAUGUUUUGCUUGACGAAAUUGGUUUUAGUCCAGAUGAUUUGCAGAACCUCAUUCAUUCCCUCUCAUACGUGUACCAAAGGAGUACAACUGCUAUAUCAAUUGUGGCACCUAUAUGUUAUGCUCACCUUGCUGCAAAGCAGGUGGGGCAAUUUCUGAAGUUUGAGGAUUUGGAAAACUCAUCUGAACAGAAAACAAUGACAUCAUCAGGGAAUAUUCCAGUUCCAGAGUUGCCAAGGUUGAACAAGGCUGUAGCCAAAACAAUGUUCUUUUGUUAAGGUAGCUGCUGAUAAUUCUAGCUUAGGCAUUGCAACAGUAGAUACUUGGACAGUUUGGAACAUGUAUAGGUGUAGGAGAGAAAGCUAACCCCAAGUUUUUUGGAAUGGUGCAGAUAUAUAGAGGAAAUAGUAACUUCAGAAGUUUUUGAUUGCAUGGAAUGCUCAUUUCUAUUUUUUAGUACAAUUGGUUACUACCUUCUUCGAUACGGUUUUUACAUGCAGCGGAACGAAUUCCCAAAUCCAUCCC